AUGGCCUCAAUCUACCAAGGCCUAACAGACAUGUUUUCUCUUUUUCUCGCCGUUCUGUCCUCCGGGACUCCGUCUCUCGCUCGCGAUUCCUUUUAUCCCUCCCUGAACCACACGACGUACAUCACCGAUGCCGUGCUGGGUCCGUACGGGGGCAUCUACGCCGCACCUGCCGAUCAACCCAGUCCUCCCUCGCACAACGAUGUCUACAAUUACUGUUCGAUGCCUCACCCUCGCGCAGAGACCUACGCGCUGCCGCCUCCGAUCGCGAACAAUUCUGUCUCGGCGCGGUUAGUCUACUUGGAGUACAUGCAGCGUCAUCAACGCCGCACGCCGUACAACAUUCUUCCGGGUGGCGAAAAUGAACCCUUCAAUUGCGACAAUAUUCGCCCUCAUCUAUACGCCGCACCAGAGCAAGGCGCAUCGCCCGCCCAUGUCUACGGCCAGGCCUACUCGGACCCGGCCAACCCCUUCCUGGCCUCGUAUGUCAACGGAUCAUGCCAAUACCCCCAGCUCACUAUUGGCGGUCUCCUCGACGGCUACCAGCACGGUCGGGACCUCCAUGCUGUCUACAGCGACAAGCUUGACUUGAUCCCGUCCUCUCCGGAUCGCAAGAAGGUCUGGCUGCGCUCUACUUCCUCCGUGCUCACGCAGAGCUCGGCUGGUGGAGUCCUCCGCGGCAUCUGGCCCGACCACGAGGGACCUAUCGCUCUCCAUCAGCAGGCCUCGGGCAUCGACACGCUCGACCGUGGCUUCCCCUGCUCGGCGCGCGAUUAUCUUCUCUCAUCUAUCCAGUCGACGUCUGUCUGGAACGAGCAUCUAAGUGUGACUGCCUCGCUCCGCGACCGUCUGGCUACGGUCUUCGAUGCCAACGAGUCCAGUUGGAUGUCCACGUUUGAUCAUUUCGCGGAUAACUUCCAAGCGCGGUUAUGCAAUGGUUACGAUCUCCCUUGUCAGAAAGACGGGUCGAAUUGCGUGACCACUGCCGAAGCGCACGAGGUGUUCCGCGCGGGUGACUGGGAAUGGAAUUACUGGUGGCGGUACAAUGAUGACGCGACGCUAUAUAUCCAGCUCGUUCAGGGCCUUUUCAUCGGCGAUGUCGUGAGAAAGCUCGAAGCCGUGCAAAACGGCCGGUCGGACGUGGUGUACAGUCAUACUUUCCUUCACGACGGCGAUAUUGGCCCGGUGUUGGGCGCUCUGGGAAUCAAGGCGCUCAGGUGGCCUGGGAUGGCGGCUAAUAUCGCUAUCGAGGUUUGGGAAACAUCGUCAUCCGACCUCUACGUCCGGGUCCUGUAUAGCGGGCACGCCGUGAAAACGAUCCACGGAGCAUUGGAUUGGAUUCCGCUUUCCAAGCUGCUGGAUAUUCUGCGACCGUUUGUGCCGGAGGAUAUCAUAUCCAUGUGUAACGCAUAG